ACCUGAAGAGAACACACAGUAUGUUUAUUGACGAUCUAAAAGUAUGCCAAGAAAACCAUCAAAAGCUUGAAGUAGCGAAUGAAACGAUAGUGAAGGCAAGUAUGGAUACAGGAGCAUGUUAUGGUGUGAAGAAAUGUGCGGAAAUUGUCUUGAUGAAUGGAAAGAUGGUGAAAGGAGAUGGAUUGGCAGUUCUGGAAGAGAGAAUGAAAGCACUGGACCCAGAACAGAACGAAGUGUACAAAUUUCUCGGUUGUGAGCAAGGCGACAAAAUUGAUGUCAGAAGGGUGAUGCAAAGAGUGAAAAAGGAGAUUGCAAAAAGAUUGGAACAAUUGAUGGGGGUUAAUCUGAAUGAUAAAAAUCUUGUGAAAGCGAUAAAUUGUAGGGUGGUGCCAGUAGCUGGAUAUGUCAUGAAUGUAUGUAACUUGAGGAAAGGAGAUUUUGGAAGAGUUGGAUAAGAUUGUUAAAACCGCACUUAGGAAACAAGGAUUUCAUGGAAAGCAAGCAAGUGACGAGAGAUUGUAUGAGAAAAGAGAUGAUGGUGGAAGGGGAUUGAAAAGCUUUAAGGAAGUUUACGAUGAGACGAAAGUAAGGGUAGCAUGCUAUAUGGCAACAUCGAACAACGAGUGGAUUAAAGUGUCAUGGAGAAACGAGUACAUGAAAGAGCAAACAUCGUUGAAAAGAGUGGCAGAGGAAGCAAUGGGGCGAAUGAAUGCACACGUCGAAUUCAAUGUUGGAGAAAUCAAGACCGGAAACGAAAGCUAUGUGGAUUGGAAGGUCGCAUGGAAAAAGCUUAAGAACAUCAUAAGGGAAGGGCAAAUCAGGAACAAGGUUGAAACCUUCAGGGAAAAGAGACUGCAGAGUGAAAUACCAAUGGGAUUUGACAAGGAUGAUCAUGGUUGGCUGAAGUGCAACACCGACCCGAGAAAAACAGCAUCGACAUUCACAUUGCAGGAACAGAUGAUCGAAACAAAAGCAUGGAAGAAAAUGAGAGGACUAGUCGACCAAGACAAGUGCAGAUUGUGUGGGGAAUUUAGAGAAACAGUUCAACACCUAUUGGCAGGAUGCAAAAAGUUGGCGGGAUCGGAGUAUGUAAGAAGACAUGACAACGCGUUAAAAGUACUAGCAGUGCAAUGGGCGAUUGAUAAUGGAUUGUUACCGAAAGGAACGAAGUGGUACACAGAGAAAUGGGAGAGAGGAAAAGUAAUUGCAAAUAACGGGAAGAAGCUAUAUUGGGAUUGGGAACACAGGAUGAGGACGAGUUGCACGGCAAGGAGGCCCGAUCUGACGCUAGAGGACAGCAGAAAGAAAGAGAUUAUGCUACUGAAUAGACAUGGCAUGUCCGUAUGA